UAUUAAUUUUAAUUAUGGAUUUUGUUUUUUUUAGUUUAUAGUUCGGGACGAAGUAUCUUUUAAGGAGGGUAGAAUGUGACACUCCAAUUUUUUUUUCUAUAUAUAAAAUAACUCAAUUUUAUCAGAUAAAAUGUUACAAAAGUGACACUAUCAAUAAUUAAGUGAAACAAAUAAAAAGUUUGGUUUAAGUAUCAACUGUGACAUUUUUACACAACAUAAUAAAGUGACAACUUUUAUUAGAAAAUAACAAUUUGAGAAUUAAAGUUACAAUAUAAAUUAACAAAAAUAUACUACUACCGUAUUACAAUUGAGAUUGAUAUAUAUAUAUAUACACACAAUUUAAUGUUGGAUAGGCAUAAAACUAAUAAAGUACAAAAUAUAUAUACUAAUACUAAUAAAAAAGCCUAACAUAAAUAAACGGAGUAGCAAAUAAUACUAAUCCUAACUACAAAACAAAUACGGAGUACUAUGUAACAAUAAGACUCCAUAUGUAGCAGCAAAUGAUAAUACGGAGUAAUAAUAGUAUGUACAGCGGCCGAAUAGUAGUUUAAUCAGACACGUAUGAAGAAUGGGAAGUUAACAAAGAAAGAAACUAUUUCGCAGCAGUACACUGGCGGCUAUUAAAUUAGUUCAUACCAGUGUAUUAUUACGCAACAGUACAACGGCGGCCAUAAACCCAUACGGCUGAACUAUUACAUAACAGUACAGCUCCGGCUGAGAACUAUAAAUUCGGGUGUUUAGCAAGCUAUUCUGCACACAACCUUCACUCCUGCGUAUGUGUUUAUACCCUCAUAUACAUACAUAUAACAAUAUAUCUAUAUAUUUAUGUGUCUACGGUGCGGGCUGCGGCAAAUAUAUUCACCCCAAAUGAAAGCUAAAAACAUCUCAAAUGUAGUCUCUGAGAGUAAGGGAGAACGAAUACCUUGUUGUUGAGAGGAAAGAGAGUCACCGGAGGGAGGAAAAGUUUGCCGGGGUUUGCCGGACUGUUCUUAUUCACACCGAAGGUAGGAGCAACAUUGUACUGCCUAUUCUCACGUCCUGAGUUGCUGUAGAAGGAGGGGUCAUCGCCGCCGUUGACUGACGCCGGAAGAAGAGGCCACCGAGGACACCGCCGCUACACUGCACCUGCUUCGUUCGCUAUCUUAGUUGUUGAAGAAGAAGCACAGUGAUUAUUUAGAGACCGGAAUAGACGAGAAGAACUAGAAGCGUCACAUUCCGAGACACCAUGCCACCGAGGAGAGAUCCGAAUGCCGUCCCUACCAAUGCUGAGCUGGCGCAAGCUCUCACGCAGCUCACCCAGACAAUCAAUGUGGCGUUUCAGAACCAACCCAACAACGGCAAUAACAUGGAAAGUCGUGUAGCGGCACGAAACCCGCCGAACUUCCUUGGGCAAGAGGAUCCAGUCCUUCUUGAGAAUUGGAUACGCACCUUCGACAAGCUAUUUGAUGUGAUCAAUUGCCCAGCAGAACAACGAAUUAACAUUGCUGUUUAUUAUCUGCAUGGAGAAGCAGAUAAAUGGUGGGCUCAUGUGGGAGCAGGGUUGAGCGCACAACCGGACUUCACUUGGGAACGGUUUAAGCGUGCACUGCGGAAAAGGUUUUACCCGCCACAUGUGCAAGCAGAAAAUUAUGACAAGUUCCUACAUUUGAAGCAGGGCGAAAUGACAGUACAAGAGUAUCACAGUCAAUUUGUCACGCUGUCAGAGUUUGCAACAUCACUUGUACCCGAUGAGGAGAGCAAGAUCGAAAAGUUCAUCGGAGGACUAAAUUUCGACACACAGAAGAUCGUGACUGUGCAAGAAUGGCAAACAUUAGAUGACGUCUAUUAUAAAGCUGCAAAGCACUAUCGAGUAAUACAACUUCAGCGAGAAGUCCACAAGAAAAGAAAGCACGAAGAGGAGAAUAGGCAAGGAGAAAAGAGGGUCAGGGUUCAUCAUCAUGCAGAACCGACACACCAUCGCCCGAGGGAUGAAAGAAGGUUCCAAGGUCAUGACCAGAGACGUGACCGACGAAACAUGGUAGAGAGGCAUUUCAACUGCACGAAAUGCAAGAAAGACCACCCAGGGGUGGACUGUGCUGGCAACAGAGUGAAAUGCUUCACGUGUGGGAAAAUGGGCCAUCGGGCUUUUGAAUGCUGGGAUAAUGUAGGAAGGGGUCCACAGAACCAGGGACCUAACCGUGGAGGUGGGAGUCAAGGGGGCGGAAACAGUUCAGGAGCUGAGAACCGGGGCAACAACAACCCGGGAAAUCAAGUAGGAAAUGGUAACCGAGGCCAAAAUCAGAACCAGGGAAGAGGCAACAACAACAACAAUAACGCUCCAAAUCAGGGCCGAAUUUAUGUAAUGAAUCAGGCUCAAGCCCGAGCACAUGAUGUGGUUUCAGAUGAUGUUGUGUAUGAAGAUUGAUGUCUUGAGAGCGCUACUAGAAGACUUUUAGAGAAGCUAGUCUCAUUACAAUAAACUCUGUUCGUUUACGCUAUUUUAAAUGUUGAACUUUAAAUCUUCACUUUGGUUUCAAUUAUGGUGGAUAGCCUUAGCAUCCAGUCCGAUGAGGGCUGGGUGUGGCGGUGACACGCCCUUUUCCUUGUCGUUGUUUAAUUCCGCUGCAAACAUUUGAAAGUUUAAAUAAAUAAAUCAACUUUACUAUUUCUUUAUGUAUUAUUUUGGGAGGGAAAUUUGGGGGUGUUACAUUUGUGGUUUCAGAUAAUUCUUUUUUCCUCUGCACAAACCUCUACUACACAGUUUUUACUUUAUUUGGCUAUGUUUGGCGGACAUAAGUCUCUACCUUUUAGCUUUUGUACUAUUUAAAAAGUCUGUAAAAGUUUCUAGUUGUAUGUUUGGUACUACAAUUUUAAGAGCUUUAAAAAAAGAUUUUUUUUUGAGAUGCUACAGGGAGUAACAUCUGAGAAAAGUCUGUAGCUUUUAGCAUUAAUAAGUCGCAAUAGCUUGUAUACCAAACAUAACUAAAUCAAACAGUCAACUUUUUAUCAAACGACUAACACAUUUUAUUUUAAAGAUGUUUUCAGUCAUUAAGAGCUAACAUGUACUAAAAAAUCUAGGGAAAACUGUCAAAUAGUCAAAAAGUCAAUUAAGUCCUUCUAUAGGAGACUUUGUCCGGUCGUCGCGAUUUGGGGCAGUUCCCGGUGGAAUUUUUUGAUGAAUUUUUUUGAGCAUCUUAUUCAUCAAGCCUAGUUUAAUCAUAUCAAAUUUCAACUAAAAAUUUAAUCGGGAGCGCAUUCAAAUUAAUUCGAGAACGCAAAAAUGCGCAUUUAUCUUCAAGAAUUAAUUUGAAUGUGUUCCCGAUUGAAUUUUUAGCUAAAAUUUGGUAUGAAUAAACUAGACUUGGUGAAUAAGAUGCUCAAAAAAAUUAAUCAAAAAAUUCCACCGGGAAGUGUCCCAAAUCGCGACGGCCGGACAGAACCUCAUAUAGAAGGACUUAAUUGACCUUUUUAUGAAAGUUCGAAGACCUAUUUGACAGUUUUCCCAAAAAUCUAUAAAAAAUACUUUUUCAGCUAGUUGUGAGUUUGUGACAAAGUUUUAAUGGAGAGAAGUAUGUAUACUACGUAUGGUUUUUGUGGUCUUAUGACUAAACAUUUUUUGUUCCCAAAUGUGUACACAAUCUGUAAGAUUAGAUAAAAAAAAUUGUCUGAUUUUUUUUAAGAGAAGUACUUCUUCACGAAAGCUAAUGUGAUAAGUUGGUAGCAAACGAGACAUUUUGUUGUUGUUGAGCUUAUGACUAAACAUUUUUUGUUCCCAAAUGUGUACAAAAUCUGUAAGAUUAGAUAAAAGAAAAAUUGUCUGAUUUUUUUUUUGAAGUUUGUACAAAAUGUGGAGCUAACAUGUUGUGUAUUCUCUAGAGUUCAGUAUUUCCCGAAGAACGAAGACUCAGAAGCUCUAGAUCGGGAGUAACGCUGGCCACUUCAGCACCUGUAAUCAGAAGGAACCAGUUCUUACUAAGGUGCUUGGGAGGUUAUUCUGGUAAAGCCAAAAGUCCAUUCUAUCAUCAGGGUACUGUUAGAAUGCAGUCAGCAGUGAGUGGUGGCUCUAGCUUGGAAGUCGAUGCUAUUAGCGUUUUGAGAUCAAUAACCCCAAAUCUCGACUCCACAAAGCACAAAGGCCAAGCUGGAAAGAUAGCUGUUGUAGGUGGGUGUCGUGAAUACACUGGGGCUCCAUACUUUGCUGCUAUUUCUGCAUUGAAAAUUGGGGCAGAUUUGUCUCAUGUAUUUUGCACAAAAGGUGCUGCUCCAGUGAUAAAAAGUUAUAGCCCGGAGUUAAUUGUACAUCCUAUACUCGAAGAAUCUUACAGCAUUAGGGAUGAGGAUAAAAGCUCAAUAUCAGCCAAUGUGAUUGCUGAGGUUGAUAAAUGGAUGGAUAGAUUUGAUUGUCUAGUUGUUGGUCCAGGUCUUGGCAGAGAUCCAUUUGUCCUGGACUGUGUGAGUAACAUCAUAAUUCGUGCACGAGAGUGCAAUGUCCCAAUGGUUAUAGAUGGGGAUGGGCUCUUUCUUGUUACACAAUGUCUUGAUCUGGUUAGAGGUUAUCCUUUGGCUGUCCUGACACCAAAUAUAAAUGAGUAUAAUCGGCUUGUGCAAACUGUGUUAACAUCUGAAGUUAAUGAAAAAGAUGCAAUGGAAGAACUAAAGUCCCUUAUUAAGGGGAUUGGAGGGGUGACAAUUUUGCGGAAAGGUCGAUUUGAUAUAAUCAGCGAUGGUAUAACAGUUAAGUCAGUGAGUGUGUUUGGCUCUCCUCGCCGCUGUGGUGGCCAGGGUGAUAUACUUUCAGGAAGCGUUGCUGUGUUUCUUUGUUGGGCACGGCAGAGUGCUGCUACUCAGGGAGAACUGUCAAUAAAAAAUCCCACAAUAUUGGGAUGCAUCGCUGGAUCGGUUUUGGUGAGAAAGGCAGCAGCUCUUGCAUUUGAGAACAAGAAGAGAUCCACUCUCACUGCAGAUAUCAUCAAGUGCCUUGGAAGAAGUUUGGAGGAGAUGUACCCAUAUUACUGAGAGACCUGCUCAACAAGUGAUCGAUCCGAUCAAGUUAAUCCUGCUUUGUAGUUGUGCUGUUCAUAAUUGUAUCUGCUGCCUUCGAAAGCUAUUUAGCGAGACUAAAUGUGGGAACGAUAUAUAUACAGGAAAAACAAUAAUGCAUGUUGGUGGCAAAAAGAAUGAAAAACAUUAUGAAUCCUGAUGAGUUUUGGAAAAUUCUAGGCUGUCAUGUCCGAAAAAAG